GGGAGGCGUAUGGGAGCGCCGGCGGCUCCUCCCCGGCCGUGCCUGCGGGAGUGGGAAUAAAGACAGAUAGCGGGGCCCGGAGCAGAGCGCGGAAAGUUUCCUGCGCGGCCCGCGGGCGGCGGCAGCGAUGCCUGUGCGGCUCGGAGCGCUGGGGCUGGGCGGGCUCCGCGGGCCGUAGGGCAGCGAGCGGGGAGCGGCAAGCCCCCGGCCCGUCCUCUGGGCGGCGGGAGGAGGCGGCCCGCACGGGGACGGGGACGCGGCCGGAGCGGGAGCGGCGAGUCGGAGGCGGCCGCCGCUCGGGGAAAAGAUGAGCUUGUUGUCAGCCAUCGACACCAGCGCCGCGUCCGUGUACCAGCCCGCCCAGCUCCUCAACUGGGUCUAUCUCUCUCUGCAAGACACGCACCAGGCCAGCGCCUUCGAUGCCUUCCGCCCCGAGCCCUCCUCCUCGCAGCACCCCGACCUCGGAUACACCAAGAGCCCCCCGGAGCUGGGCUCCUCGCUCAGCUCCAGCUAUCUCAACAGCUUCUUCCAGCUCCAGCGCAGCGAGGCUCUGAGCAGCAGUCUAUAUAAGAGUGCAUCUCCUUAUGGCUCUCUUAACAACAUAGUGGAUGGGUUAAGCUCCCUCACUGAGCAUUUUUCUGACCUGUCCCUUUCUUCAGAAGCCAGAAAACCCAGCAAGCGGCCACCUCCCAACUACCUGUGCCACCUCUGCUUUAACAAGGGACACUACAUCAAAGACUGCCCACAGGCUCGUCCCAAGGGUGAAGGUCUGACACCGUACCAGGGCAAGAAACGCUGCUUCGGUGAAUAUAAGUGCCCCAAAUGCAAGAGAAAAUGGAUGAGUGGAAACUCCUGGGCUAACAUGGGACAAGAGUGCAUCAAGUGCCACAUUAACGUUUAUCCUCACAAACAGAGACCCCUGGAAAAGCCGGACGGCCUGGACGUUUCAGACCAGAGCAAAGAACAUCCCCAGCACCUGUGUGAGAAGUGCAAAGUUUUGGGCUACUACUGCCGCCGUGUGCAAUAAGCCUUCCAAGUGGCCUCUUCCCGUCCACCUCAUCCUGAAAGAUCCUCUGACAGCACACGAUCAAGAGCAACAUAACACUUCAAGAUAAAAGCUAAAAUAAUUGCCAAUAUUGCCUUUCUUUAAACUAACAGUAUGCCUUACCAUUAACAGAAUGUAACAUUUCUCCUGUGUACGCACACACAUGCAACAGGUAUUUACAGGACUAUGGUGAAUUUGUAUCCACACAUAUAUAUGUAAGCUUACAUAUAUAUAUGUACACACGUACAAGCAUUACUGACAGUGUUCACAACAGAACCGCAGUUGCAGGUUCUGCUGAUUGUUUACACAGACCCUAUAUCAUGUUCAGGUGAAAUGAAGUACUAUUCUUUAGACAAGACAUAACAUUCACAAGGACUGUAUGUGAUAAAUGGGUUUUGCAGAGGUUAAAUAACUGUGGGGCCACUGACUAAAAGCACUCACCCACAAUAUGAAUAUUAUUCCUAUUAUAUGACAAGACAAAGGAAGAUUAAACAAGCCAUAGCAUAAAAGAAGGAAAAUAAUUGUUUUUCCAGUUUUAGAAAGUCUGAGAGUUUUGUGUUGCUGCUUUCUUGGACUUUUCUAUUUGUUAGCAUUACUUAGGCAGAGCUUAGGCAAAAUAAGUUUUUUGCAGGAUGUGGCAAAAAAAAGUGAAAAAUUGUUUGAGGGUGUAGUUGUACAGAAAGGGAACCCAUAGCAUCGGGAAGGAUUCCAAGAGGUUUUUGGAGGAGAUAUAAUUGGCUUGCUUGUGUGACUAACAGAUCCUUCUCUUGUCAUAUAAUUCUGCUACAACAGGUUUUGCAUGUGUAUGCGCUAUUCAUUAGGCUGCAAGCACACUAAAUUUGCUGUGAAUGAAGGGGGAUAAUAAUACUUAAAAUUGUCCUCCAAAUCCGUAAUUGAAUGAUUAGCCAAACUUACUAUUUAUAAUACUUUUAAAGCCACUUUCUGGAAAUAUUUUUAAUGUCCUGUUUUCUACUGUAGGAAUUUGUUAUAAUGUAAAACGUUUUAGCCAUAAAGUGUUAUGAGGUAUGAAGAACACUCUAUAUAAUCUUCCCACUUCCCUGUCUUCCUGAAACACCUAUUUACCUUAGGAGAAAUGUAGGAGUUAUAUUUGGUUGUCCCAUUUCAGGUGGAACUUUGGGCAGGGUAAUCCUGUUGCGAAGUAGUAUCUCAUCAGGGAUGAGCUGAAAGUACCUCGAGACAGUAUCCUGUUUAUGUGUCUGUAUAAGAAUACAUCAGCAUAAGGACAAAACAAGAAAUUCACUUGCAUUAUUCACUGAGAAAACUUACAGGGAUAACGGUUUGUGUGUUUUUAGGUUUGGGUUUAAAAAAAAAAAAAUCAACAAUUUCUAUUCUUGUGAGGUUUCUUUUAGAGAUUGAUUUGUGGGAAUACUUAGUGGAAAUAUUUAAAAUCCUAAAUAACUUGUUGUGAAUUAAAUCUGUUUCGAGGAUUAAUUCUAUAGUGCUAAUACAGAGAGAGUUUUGUGCCAAGUAAUACCAAAAUGUAACCAGUACGUGUAGUCAAGCUCUUGUAAAGUGAACUGAAAUCUCAGCGAGCAUUCCUCUAGGAAACGUAAAGGUCUUUACAAAUUUGUUCUAAGGUGAAACUUUGACCAUUUCUCUGCUUUUCUCUAAACAGGGCAGAAUUAUUUCUGCUUAUUCUGGUGGUAGGGUGAUGUACAUAUCUCACAAACUGCAUUAUUUAUGUGUAGUCCAAGUGACAAAGCCCACUGGUCAGUCUGAUGAAAAAACCUUGGGAUUUAUUGAUUCUGACCAUGACUCUUGCAUUGGCUCCCUGACUGUGGGCAAGUCAUGAAGUCCUUUUUGGACUUCACUUCCCCCAGCUGCAAAAGGGGGAUAGUCAUACUUCAGCACACCUACCUCACAGCAGUGUUGUGAGGCAUACUCAGUAUCUAUUAGCAUUUUGACAUCACUGGAUGAAAAAUGCUAUGUAAUUCUAAAAUCUUAAAGAAAUUUAAUCACUUUGAAACUAGUUUUGCCAAGAUGGUAAUUCUAUAAACUAAAAGAGCUGAAGAAUAAUAUUAUUGAAUGUUAACACUAAUAAGAGAUUUCAGUGACGUCAGUCAAGAUAUACAGUUUUAGCUUUUUCAAAUAGAAAUGCAUUCUUUUGCACAGACUCAGAAAAAAGUACCUUAGAGAGAAAAACAAAGAUCCUAAUUUGCCCAUAAGAGAAUAAAAUAUACAGGUGAUUUUGAGGGUGGAUUUUAAAGCUUGACCUCCAGUUGUCAUUCUUGAUAAUUAAUUUCAGGCACGCAUGCUUUUACAGAAAGAAUCACAGAUUCAACCAGAUCUGUUUUUUUGUUUUAGGUUUUUUUUUUCCUUUUGAGCACUUAACAGAACACGAACAAAGAUAUCCUUGGUGCUUCAUAUCCAACUAAAGGAUAAGUAGAUGAACUCCAUCAGGUGAAAAUCAGAGAAUUAUUUUUCUCCCUCAAACUCUAACACUGCUACCAAGCAUUUUUUAAUUUUUAAAUAAUUCUUGUCUUCUGAUAACCACUAAAACUUGGUAUAGCUACAUCAAUAUAUAGCAUACCAGCAGAUAUCAAAGGCCAUCUGCCAAUGCCAUAAUAUGCAAUCAUCGCUAUUCUUAUGACAGUGCUCUCUUAAAAAUCGUUUGUCCAGAGUCAGUGUUUCAUGGUGGCGCUUUCAGAUUUUAUUUUGAAAUAAAAUUCCUAAAAGUGUAUGCGAUCAGCUUCAACAUACUUAAUAUCUCUCCAUGUAGAGUAACGAUUCUUAAAAGUAGAGCUAAAAGAGUUCAAUUUUUAUACCACAUUUUUCCAGGUAGCAGACAAAGUAUGUAAGAAAUAUUAAGCAUUUCUAAAAUAAUGAGGAGGAAAAUAGAUUUUCCCCUGCACUUACACUGGGGAAGAACAGAUAAAAAAAUGUGAGAAGCUAUAAGCUAGGCACUGUCCUACUUCAUCCUGCCUUACUUGGACUACAGCCCGCUGGGGCUGGAAGCAGUGUGCUGAUCUCACUGUCUCUGCUGAAGCUGAGAGGCAUGGCGUAGGGCAGGAGAGCACUGGGAACCCAGACAGGACACCCUUGUCCUUGUGUCUGCAGGGCUCAACUCACACAUCCCCUAGAAUGCAGGGCAACCCUGUUUUUCUUGUCCUGCUCAGGGCUGAAAAACUUCCUCUCUCUAGCAAGCUGGUGGCUGAGGAAGCACAAAUGGGGUUCCUCCGUUCCUCCUGCCAAGGUUUGCUCAUAGGACUGUAGCAUCUAUGAUCUAGUGCUAGGCAUCUGCUCCAUGCUCUUCUGCAUGCUUGGUGUCUUGCUGGAAAAGCAUGGGUUUAAGAACUACACAAUAGCUUGUGGUUAUUGGCACAGAAGAAAAACAUCUGAAUUUUGAUUUCACAUCAAACUCCUUCCAAAAUGAAAAAAUACAACCCUAAAAGUCUCACUUUGACUGGGAAGAGGAUGAGUUUUUUACCACUUGUAUUUUUAGGAAUACUUUCUGCUGUUCUCUUUAAAUAUUUCUACAUUUAAUCCAUUAGUAAGUAUUCCUUAAAGGGAUUUCCAAGCAGCUAUCAGUAACAAAGCAGUUACAGUAAAGAAUUUAAAUCAGUGCAGAUCUCCCUAAAUAGAGUAUUCUCAGGGACGUACCUGAAAUAAAUUUCUCUCUCUGCCUUUAUUUGUCAAGCCUGGUUUUAAACCUCAUAAGAUGCUUGCCAUUAUUUGCCUUCCUACAGAUCCAUAGGUCCAUCCAGCAUGCAGCAGUUUUUUGGGCAUGAUCUCCUUCCCUUUUCCUCCUCUUUUGGACUAUUUUUGGUUCAUUUGUUUCAUUAAAAAAAAAAAAAUCUUAUUGUUUUGCUAGUUGGUCUGAACAUUUCACACAGAAUUUGUCUUUGGCAUUGGCCCUGCACUGGAGAAAAUUAUUGGGAAUCCAAAAUAAGUAGUGCAGUCUUUUAGUUGUUUUAAAUUGAUGCAGCUCCACUGAACUUGUUACAAAUACUUCCUUUAAUGACAAAGAAAGAAAGGAUUUUUAGCCUUUAGAACCCUUUAGCCAGUUUCUACUGCUGCUACCACAGACAUAAAAUGAUGCCACACAAGAAAAAUCUGAGGCCUUUCUGUCUCAAAGUUGCCUCUUAAUUUCAAAUAAAUACACAGAGUAUAUAUUAUUUCUGAAAAUAAGUGUAUUUUAAAUUCCCCAUUAUAUGGGACAAAAUUUAUAAACUAAAAAUGUGAAUUUACAUAUGUCUGAGAGAAGUCUUUAAUCAAGAAGCGCUCUCUGUAUUUUACCUUAUGUAUAACAUGAAAUUUAGAUCAAACAUGGGUUGCAUACCCAAGAAGAUCUAGCCAUUAUUUCCCAAACAAAACUACUUCUAAAAUAUUAAGAAUCUUUUGGAAAUGUUACUAUUCGUAGAUUAGUUCACUAUGUCCUGCAGUCAGAUGGAAUAUCCUUAUCUCUUUCUCUAGUGUGAAUGCUAAGACUGAUUCACUGAAUAGAUUGCAAUGAUUUUAAAAAAACAUGUUUAUGAUUGAAGCAAAUUGAUGUACAUUCUCCAUUUGCUUUGCCAACGUUUUAAAAUGUAAUGGAACUAUCCCCAUACAAAACCAUCCUCUAAGUUAUCACUCUACUCCUGAUCAGGCUGCAUCAAAUCUCUUUCCUGUCCACAGAACCACUGCUGUCCGUUAACAUUGCUAUUUUGCUGAAGUGCUCAGAGGGCUGAUCAAGAUCUUAGACAUAGGGAUGAUGGUUUGUGUUUCUAGGAUGAAUUUCAAAGGGACAAUCGUGUGCAGUUACUAGCUAUAGAUGAUUGAUAUAAAUGUUUACCCUGUAUGAAGUAUUUUACAGUUUUACUUGCAGAUGUGUAUUUAUCUUGAGUUAUACUUGACAUAGAGUUUCUUUCAAUUUUUUUUUUUAAUACUAUGUGUGUAUUUUGGAAACCUUUUUAGAUGUUAAAAUUUUUGAAUGGUUACAAAUAUUUCUUGUAAUACUGAAUCAUUAUCUUAUCUGGAAACUCUUUGCAGUAACUUUUUUGUAUAUAUUUGAGGGCCUUUUUAAAAAAAGUAUUGUUUGUUCUUUGGGAAAAAGUUUUUACAGCUUGGAAGCUUUCAGAAGGGCCUUCCUCUCAACUAGGAUACUAACAGAGGUAAAAGUUUUCUUAAGUAUUUUGCAGAACUAGGGAUGUAUCCUCAAGAAAAUAUUUAUGGAAGUAAUUUACUUUUUUUUUUUUUUUUUUACAUUGCUUUUGUCUGUAUAAAGUAUGCAACAGAACUACAUUAAGAAGGAAAUAUUGUCUACAUAAAAUAUUAUAUGAAAGUUGGUACAUAAUUCUGACAAAAAAGAAAAAAAAACUUGCAAUUCUUUAAGCCAUAUUGUUUUUGUUAUCCUUGGAUGAAAAUAUCAGUAUUAAGUAACCAAUAUAUUAUUCAAGUGCUUUGACUUAUAUGAAAAUGCUUAUACAUUUUAUUUAUGUGUAUCUGGGGAAGGAUUGCUAGGAAAAGCUAUCACUAGAUGUGUAGCAAGCGAGAGCAAAUAAUAGUAUAGUGUCACUUUAUGACCUUGUGAAAGACAGAAGAUGCUGAAAGCACCACAGAGACUCAGCUUUCAGAGACUCUGAAGCACAAGCGUCGAAUUUCAAAUGGUAGUUCUUGUCCUUUUUCAUGGUGAGAGGGGAAAAGAGUUGGUUGGGAUGCUGUCUGACAACUCAACUUUCACAACUCUUUGCAGACUGUGAGCUCAGCUAUGCAGCAUUGGAUACAGCAAUAAUAUUAAUCAAGGGAUGUAAGAGAAAUGCAUUGAAGUAGAUGAUUGUAAGGAUUUAUGUUUAUUUUAAUUAGAUCUCAUAGCAAUAUAGAAUAUGCAUGUGCACGUAUUUGAAGCAUUUUUACACUUUACAUUUCAUGUAGUUUGAUUAUAUUAUGAAGGACUGGGUUUUUAGUUUGAUAUUUUACCAUGCUAAAAUGGGAGGUCUGCCCAACCCUGUACUGGAUUCUUGUUUCCUUUAAAAGAUUGUUUAGUACAGCACUCACUGCAUUGUGUACUAGUGCUAAAACUAACACUGUAUCUUAUGAAUUUCUUCAGCUUUAAAAAAAUAACCUAAUUACUAUUACAUUUGUUUAGCUGUACCCACUGACCUUAUCAGAUUCAGUUGGCUAUUUGUACAAUUUCAUUUUCUGUAACUGUUAAGAAACUUGUACAGCUAAAACAAAAACAGAACCUAUGGACAACAGCCUCGGAGGUGCCAGUUCUGCUUCAGCAAUCAAGAUGACAGCUUACCAAGUGACUAUGUUGCUAAAGAGACUGUAAAACCUCUGUUGUGGAUUGUCCAUAAAAUGGCAUUCCGACAUGUGCCUUAUUUGCUGGAUAGUAUACAGCUUUCCUCUAGUAUUCUAGCAUUUUAAUGCUGUAUUAUAAUAAUGAAAAAAAA